AUGGAGGCAAGCAGAUCAGAAAUUUCUGCAGCUGAAGACAGCGAGGAAGUAACAUAUACUUCUGUCAAGUUCUCUCAUCUGCCAAGGGCCAAAGCUCCGCAGAAAAAAAGAGCUCCCUGUCUGUGGUCAGCAGUUCUGAAGGGCUUGGCUGUAGGCUUUGGGACACUGAGCAUCUCCCUAGCAAUUGCUUUGAUUUGGAAGAUGAGUGACUGCCACCAAUACUGCCCUCAACAGUGGGUGGCCUACAGAGGGAGCUGCUACUCCUUUUCUACCGAGAAAAAGGACUGGAAUUCUAGCCGGGAAUCCUGCAGGGCACAGGGAGCUCACCUCCUGGUGAUCAGUGAUACCUGGGAGAUGGAUCUGUUCAAGCGUAUUCAAGCAGAAUGUUUCUGGAUUGGACUGAGGAACAGUACAAGCUCUGGAUGGAUUUGGGAGGAUGGCUCUACAUUCAAUGAUGCCAAGGUCCACUCUAACAGCCCUGUGCAAAAUUGUGCUGUCCUGAUGAAAGAUCAGUUUCGUGCCUCCAGCUGUGAAGUUUGGGCUCCAUGGAUCUGUGAGAAAACGCUUAGAUAAAUUCCAUGUGUUUUUUUCAUCUCACAACAACCUCAUCAGUGGUGUGAGUUGAUCAUUGUCCUGCAAACUGAAGCUUCACACAAGAGCAAGGACUUGCCUUUUCCAUACCCUCACUAAAGUGUUUUACAAGGAUAGGUUUGUUGCCCAUAAGGGUGAGUUAAUCUAAGAAAUAUAUCUAUUCUCAGUCCACAAGUGUUGGAUUGCUGCUGUUUGUGACCAGAUGAGACCUGGGACAUAUUCCCUGGCUAGUCUUUCUUUUAUUUGUCCUAUAGGGCAAAUAAAAUCUUUGUCAUAACAGAUGUCUUCAGAUCUCUGAGGGGGGGACCUAGUAAUUUUCCUUUAUUUUUGACCAUCAGAUUUCAUUUCCAUUUCCUGCAUCUCCAGUGAUAUCAGAAUGACUGGGAAAAUGAAGCCUGCUAUUAAUUGACAAAAACAUAUAAACAUAUUUCUUC